GAAGACAAUAACUACUCAAAGAGACACAUUCGAUUUUUGGAAACGUCUGUAGUUAUAGAGAUAAGCGAAGAACUUGAAGAUAAUGUACACAUGCACAAGCAGCGGGUGCCCCAGACGGAAUUCAGGAUCCUAUACUACCGUUCAUUCGUCGAUUGAAAGGUCUACAACGAUGAUUUGUCUUCGCCUGGAACUAAUGAAAACUAUACGACAACAUCGUGUCUGUCUGAUGAUAAUUUGCAGUAUGGUUUUUUGGCUUCUGUUGGAAACAUCAAGAAAAGAUAUACCGACACCAAGUAUAGCGUGCGUAAAUUUUAAAGGAAGACUUGGUAAUUUAAUGCUCGAAUAUGCUUUUCUUCAUAUAAUUUCUAACAUGAAAAACUUAAAUCCCGUCAUUCCAGAAAACUUUGAACUUAUGAAUGUCUUUAAUAUUCGAGAUAAAACUCCAAAACAAAUUCGGAAUAGAGAAAUGGCGUGCGCAGGACUACCUCUUCACGUUGAACGAUGGGGUUUGUCUUUCGACGAGGAUCUCUUCAAUGUGCUUUCUUCUGAGAGUGUUCGAUUUGAUGGUUUUUAUCAGUCUUGGAAAUAUUGGAGUAAAUCUGAACAGGAAAUUCGUGUCAUUUUUAAGUUUAAAAAACCCAUAAGAGACAAGGCAUUUUCUCAAUUUCAGAACAUUAUGUUAAUUAUGAAUUUCGAUAUCCGAAAGAAAAAUAACAGGGUCGUGAGUAUACACAUACGACGAGGUGAUUAUGCAACUAAAGGACAUUUGAAAUACGGCAAACUUACACCUAAUGCAACCUACUACAUCAAUGCAAUGAACUAUUUCCGACGUAUUUAUAAAAAUAUAUUAUUCAUAGUGGGUUCUAACGAUAUAAAGUGGGACGAAGAGGCUUUGGGUGCGGAAGAAAAUGUCUACUUCUCUAGGGGACUUUCGGCAGCUGAAGACAUGGCUCUGUUAUCUCUGGCCAAUCACACAAUCAUGUCCGUUGGGACGUACGGAUGGUGGAUUGGUUGGAUGGCAAGGGGGACAACUGUGUAUUACAAACACAUAUUUGUUCCUGGAUCGGACUUUUCGAAAGAAUUUAAGGACAAUUCUACUGAAGACUUUGUUUAUCCAGGGUGGAUUCCAAUGGAUGAAUCGCCAAAUGGCUGGAGAGAUGUGUAAGAUUAUAUUUAAGUGAAUGCUUAUUACUUGCAACAAAUUGUGAUUAAAUAUCUGAAUUCUUCAA